AUGAGAGAAUAUGAACGGAAAUACCGAGAAAAUAAUAGAGAAAAGAAACGAGAAGCUGAUCGAAAGUAUCGAGAAAAAAUGAAAAAUAGAAAAGAAAACUUACAAGAUCCAAGAAAUGUUGAUUCUGAUAAUAACGAAAGAGGAACUUCUAAUCCACAAAAUGAUGAUGCUAGAAAUAAAGGCAAAAUGCCAAACGUUUACGAAGAUAGCAUUCAAUCUGAAGAAAGAAAUCUUAUUAAUCAGGAGGAGGAGGAAACAGAAACUUUUUUGGAUGAGCAAAAUCAACAAGAGGUAGAAGAACCAAAAAUUCCGGAGAAUUGUAUGACUCAGAUAGAUUUGAAUGAGAAAUAUUAUCCUUUUGAUUUGAACGAGAAACCUGAGGACAAUGAUGAGGAUGUCUGUUAGAAAAAGAUUAGAAGAAAGAAAAUUUAAAAAAAAAGUUUUCAGAGCAAAUAAAAUUUUUUAUUUACUUUAGAAUUGAAAAAAUAUUUCAGCUGUGUCGGUUUUAGUUAGAUACUGUAUUUGUAAUUGUUAAAUAGUGGGCCCAAAACCCGAGUUUCCUUCCAGUUGGAAUAACAUUUUCUGUCAGAACAACGCUGAAUUCACCUAAAUUCCGGUCAUUAGGAGUGCAUUUUUUGUUUCAUUGUCGGGGCACGAAAGUGCGAAAAGGUACGAAAUUUCGAUCACCCAUGGUUAAGACCUUUCACAAUGCACUUUC